AUGGCGUUUACUUCUUCAGUUGGUGACAAAAGUCAAUAUAGUGAACAAGUGUCUGAUGAUGGGAGUAUAUCAGGAAAUGAAUCUUGCUUAGGAAAGUCCUUUGGUGACAAGAGCGGUGUGGGAUAUGUUGAAGGGAGAUCUGAUACAGCUACAACCUCAAAAACUAUAUUUGUUCGUGAAUCAACUGCUAAUAGGAAUACUCACCCAUCUAAAAAAGUUCUAGUUAAUGGUGUUCCAAAAGGUCCAUUUGUUCCAUCUAGAGGCUUGAGACAAGGUGACCCCCUCUCCCCAUACCUUUUCUUACUUUGUACUGAAGGUUUGGUCUCUUUGAUCAAAUUUGCUGAGUUAAGGGGGGAUUUGUCAGCUGUAAAGAUUUGUAGGGGUGCUCCAAAGAUCUCUCAUUUACUUUUUGCAGAUGAUAGUUUAUUAUUCUGUAAGGCAAAUAUGCAAGAAAAUCAGAGAAUUCAAUCACUCCUCAACUUUUAUGAAGCAUCUUCGGGUCAAGUGAUAAAUAGAAACAAAACGGGUCUAGUUUUCAGCUCAAAUGUGCAACAAUCUACAAAGGAAGAUUUAUUGAAUUUUUGGGGUGUGGAACAAAGCCAGGAGUAUGAAAAAUAUUUGGGACUCCCGUCUUUUGUGGGGAGGUCAAAGACUAGAGCAUUUUCUGAAAUCAAGCACCGAGUGUGGAGGAAGUUGCAAGGAUGGAAAGAAAAGGUACUCUCUGCUGGAGGAAAGGAAGUGUUGAUAAAAGCUGUUGCACAAGCAAUUCCUACCUAUUCAAUGAGCUGUUUUAAGCUACCAUCUUCUUUGUGUAAUGAGCUUGAACAGAUGAUGGCUAAAUUCUGGUGGGGGCAGAAAAAUGAAGAAAAGAAAAUUCAUUGGAUAAGCUGGAAGAAGAUGAGUGAAACAAAAGAGGAGGGAGGAAUGGGUUUCAAGGACUUGAGGAUUUUUAAUGAUGCCCUUUUGGCCAAGCAAGGAUGGCCCAUAAUAACAAAUACAGAUUCGUUGUUACACAAGCUGUUUAAGGCAAAGUAUUUUCCGAAAAACCACUUUCUAGAUGCUGGUUUGGGAAACAAUCCUUCUUUUGCUUGGAGAGGAAUUUGGGGAACAAUCUCAAAGCUUUGGGAGGGGUGCAGAUGGAGAAUAGGCUCGGGAAGAAUAGUAAAAGUAUGGAAAGUUGUGUGGGUUCUAGGCUUUAAGGGGAUUGCUGAAAUAAAUUCUGUGUCGGUCAUAGGUGUAGAGGAAGCCACGAUGAAUUCUUUAUUUCUCCCUGGACAGACAGCUUGGGAUGUCAACAAAAUCACCUCCAUGUUUCCCCCUGCAGUGGCUUUACAGAUCAUGAAGAUAGUGCUUAGUGAAGGCAACCAAGAUGAGACUUGCUGGACGAGGGAAGCUCAUGGGAGAUAUACAGUUAAGAGUGGAUAUAGAUUCUUUAGAUCAGAAACAAUGAAGACACAAAGAGGGGAAGCAUCGAAUACAACCCUCUUAAGGAAAUUGUGGAAGGCCAUCUGGAAAAUGAAACUCCCUCCAAAAAUCAGAGUUUUUGCAUGGAAAGCUGUAAAAGGAGUGUUACCUACAAAGGACAAUCUUCGGAAAAAACAUGUGGAUGAUUUUAGUUCUUUUAUUGAUGCUGCCUUAAAAAUGCAACUUUACACUUGUGCUGAGCUGCUGGAAUGCUUCUUUUUAAUCUGUUGGAGUGUUUGGAAUAGAAGGAACUGGAAGAUUUUUGAAGGAAAAGAAGUUCAUGUUGAAGAUCUAUUGGGAAGGGCCUUAGCUAUGCAAAAAGGUUUCCGUGAACUAAGGAACAAACCACUAUCUGUUAUUAGGAAGCACGACAGAUGGAAAGCUCCACCUCCUGGCACUUUCAAAUUGAAUGUAGAUGGAGCUUUCUCCCAAGAUGGAUCGGUGACAGGUAUAGGUGCUGUGCUGCGAGAUUCAAAGGGAGAGGUGCUAAUGGCGGCAGCGAUAAGAGAGAGGGCAAGUCUGAAUGUUUAUGAGCUGGAAGGUCUAGCAAUUCUCAGAGGGUUACAAUUGUGUCUUCAUCUGGGCAUUUAUCAUCUGUCUAUUGAAUCAGACUCUCUUCUGGUUGUAAACGAGUUUGACCGAAAUGGCCAGUCAAUGGCCACGAUGGGAAACGUGAUUAGUGAAGUUAGGAAGCUAAUGUUUUGUUUUCAAACAUGUGAGCUUACACAUGUAAACAGAAGCUGCAAUAUAGUAACUCACACACUUGCCAAGCUUGGCUUGAGUGUCUCAGAAAUUAGCUUAUGGUGGGGUUCUUACCCAGGUGUAAUUACUAAUUUCCUUUGGUAUGAUUCUUCGGUGUAA